AUGUUUAAAUAGGGUUAUGAAGAGUUUGAAUGUAGGUCAUAUAUUGUACAUUAAUAAAUUAGUGGGACAAAGUAUUUCUCUUUCUUUCCAAUCAGUUGGAGAGUUUCGGUUUCUUAAAAGUCAACAAGAAAAAUUAUUUAAGAAAAUUAUUAGUGAAAUGCCAUCAUCUUUUUCCUCCCUGUCAUCGUUAUCAUCAUCGACAACCAAUGCAUCAUCAUCAUCAUCGCCAUCGUCUCAGUUCCUCAGCUGCACCAGAGAGCCAACGGAAAAAGAUUGGAUCAUUGGGACAACAUGGAAGAUAGAAGAUCAAGAGAGAAGGGUCAGUCCCUCAUUUUACGGCACCACCCUCUCUUACACCACCCUACCUCAGGGACUAAUCUUUCACCCAUCAUCGUCCAACUUCAACACGAUGGGCGUCUGGACGACGAAGCCGAUAAUGAAGGGCUCAAGGUUUGGACCUCUGAAGGGAAGGAUUGUUUCAGAGGGAGAGAUGUUGAAUUUGAAAAGGGGAGUGUGCUAUCGAAGUGAUCUGUGGCCGAUCUUCUCCUCUCCCCAGUCCAUCACGAUCUCACACUACCUGGACACAUCGAACUUGAUAGCCAGCAAUUGGAUGCGAUUUGUUUCCUUCUCGAGUCUGACCAGAGGCCACAACUUGCUGGCCUGUCAGUUCCAGGACCUCGUCUACUUCUUUGCCACUGAGGACAUUCUGCAAGGAGCUGAACUGCGCGUUUGGUUCCAUCCUCAAUAUAUGCACAGGAUUCUUCACUCCAGCUACAUUCACUAUCUGGGAAUAUAUACAAGCUUCAGUCGACCCGACAGUUACUUCAAAAAUGUUGGAUUUCAUCAUCUGGUCAGCCCCUCAGCCAGUUGUCUGCCAACACAGCCGUCACCACAGGAGUCACCGAAUGAAAGUCACAUCAACACACCACCAUCGCCAAAUUCCGACGAAUCAAAUGAUCAGUCAACAAUCACCAACAAAAGAUUUAAAGGCCACGCUUCUUUGCCGUACGAUCUGCCAAAAGUGAACGGAAAGUUUUUGUACGAAUGCAAAUACUGCAAGAAGGUAUGCGGCCAGUUGAGCAACUUGAAAGUUCAUCUACUGACCCACACCGGGGAACGACCAUUUGCAUGUAACAAGUGCAAUUCGAGGUUCACACAGAAAGCACAUCUGGACAAACACAAACUGACACACUCGGGAAUCAAACCGUUCGUUUGUAAAAUUUGCGGCAAGAAAUCUGCAAGCAGCAGCAACAUGAAGACACACAUUAAGACGCACGACCGCUUACACACACUCUCUUCAUCUACAUCUUAAAACACUUGCAAAAAAAUUUUCCAUUUCAAACUAUUUCAAAUUUGUUUAUAUUUUUUGAAGUUUCAUAUACAGUUUCAUUUGUAGAGUUAUUUUGUGUGAAGUUUCAUUUUUAUUUUUAAAAUUUUCAUCAGUCGAGACAAUCGUACGAAGUUUUAAUCACGUGUUUUUGCAAUGUCCUUUUUUCUUAUUUCUAAUCAGUAUUUUAUAAAGUCAGGCAUGAAUUGAUCACUUUUCAUUUCAAAGGCUCUUCAGACAACUCUUUCUCUAACCAAAUGCACUUGAAUAAUAAAAAGUUUUGUAGUUGUGUUGAAAUAAAUUAUUUAUCUUAACUUUUCUUCUUCCUGCUUCCAAGUUAACGUUCCGCAAAGCAACAAAUGAUCAAAACCUGU